AGGCUUUCGCAUGAAAUUCGCGUCCAUCCCCGUCGGCGCAUCCGAAGCCGACCCCCUCCUUUCUCUUCCUGCCUCAACACACACUGAGAGAGAGAUUUUUAGGGUUUAGUUUCUUUCUGCCCUACUAGUUCCCAAUCCCCGUCCCCAGAGCUUCUCUUUUUUCCUCUUUCUUUGAGAGAGAGAGAGAGAGAGAGAGAGAGAGAGAGAGAGCCAUGAAACUCUCAUUCUCAAUCCCUUCGAAGCCCAAGCCCUCAAUAUCUUCAAAACCUUCCAACAGCUUCCACCAAGAGAAAUCCGAUGAUCCCCAAUCCCACCGCGAAUACCUCACCGAAUUCGACUCCUCCAAAACCCUAGCGGCCCCCAAUCCCGACAUCAUCAUCCCUCCUAAGCCCAAUACCUUCAAUCCCCUCAAGAAGAUGCGAAACCUUGUCCCCGACUCCACUGCCGACGCCGAUCUCCGAUUCGAGCUUGAAGACCCCUCCAUCGCUGACCCCGCUGCCCAAUCCAAUGUCUCCUACGGCUUGAAUCUCAGAAGCAAGGAAGAAAUUACCGACAAGAAACCCACCGAUCACAUCGACUCCAACGCACCCAAUUCCGUCGAGGACAUUGUUCUCCAGAAAUACAAGGCGGAUAUGGAGAAUAUGCCUGAUGACCGUGGCUUUGCCGAGUUUGAUGAUGUCCCUGUCGAGGGAUUUGGCACGGCGCUUCUUGCCGGUUAUGGAUGGAAAGAAGGAAAGGGCAUCGGACGGAACUCUAAAGACGAUGUGAAGGUUGUGCAGUACGUGCGGCGUGCCGGGACGGAAGGGCUGGGGUUUGUGCCUGAAUUUCAUGAUACAAAGCGGAAGCGGGGUGAUGGGCGCCCGCCGGAACCCCCCCUCGUAGCGCCCAAAGGGCCGGAUGGGCGGACCCGGCAUGUUGUUGGGAUCGAUGAGAAGCUCGUGCCGAGGGAGCCAAAGGGAGUCUUUGUCGGGAAGGUUGUGAGGGUUGUUGAUGGUCGGCAUGUGGGUUUGAAGGGGAAGGUGGUGGAGAUGCCGGGGAGUGAUUCCGAAUCUUCAAAAGUGGUUUUGAAGCUCUCGAAGAGUGGAGAGGAAGUCAGUGUCGGUUUAAAGCAGGUUGCAGAGUUGGGUUCAGUGGAAGAAGAGAAGUGCUUGAGGAGAUUGCAAGAAUUAAAGAUUCAUGACAAGAAAAACGAUGAGAGAAGGGAUUCUUUGAAUUGUGGGUAUAGAGAAAAGAAGGAUAGAAGGAGAGUGGAUGAAUCAAAACGUGAUGAUAAGGUGCCAAAGUUGAGUAGUAGAGAUAGUAGUGGCCGUAGGGAAGAUGACCAGGCCCCAUUUUCUUGGCUCACCAGCCACAUUCGAGUUAGGAUAAUUAGCAAGGAUUUUAAAGGGGGGAAGCUGUACUUGAAGAAGGGCGAGGUUAUGGAUGUCGUGGGACCAACAACAUGUGACAUAUCCAUGGACGAGAGCAGGGAACUGAUCCAAGGUAUUGAGCAGGAGAUGCUGGAGACAGCUCUUCCAAAGCGUGGGGGCCCAGUUCUUGUUCUGUCUGGGAAGCACAAGGGCGUUUAUGGGACCUUGAUGGAGAGGGAUAUGGAGAAAGAGAUGGGGGUUAUUCGGGAUGCUGAUAGCCAUGCACUGUUCAAAGUGCGCCUCGAGCAAAUCGCUGAGUAUGUUGGAGAUCCGAGUUAUAUCGGUUAUUGAAUAUCUUGUGGAUGCUGACUUUUAAUUACCGACUUAGCAUUCUUAAAUAGGGAUGUCUUCGAACUAAAGAUAAGGUGGAUAACUUGAGGAAGAUAGAUGCUUCAAAGUGGUGCCGGGAUUGAAGGUUAACAUUCUAAAAAGUGAGAUGUUGGGUGGCCAUAUUUCUAAGGAGAUAGCAAGGAGUGUGACACAUCUCAAAGUAACUGCUGCCACUAGAGUUGGGAGCCCACAUAUUUUUCAGAGGUAAUUACUCUGUCCUGCAUGCACCAUUCCGUCUAUCAAGACACUUGUGUUAUAUUCCAUGAUGGUAUCGGCUAUACUAAUUUGGAUGAAAGUAGACUUUUGGAAAUUGUAGUCAGCUCUACGUGGAACUGAGGUGUGGUUGCUUUUACUUAUGAUGACUGUCCUCAAAUAGAUUGGAGUGCA